ACCAGGGAGUGGACAGUUAUUGAUCAGAAUGAGACGAAGAGAAAUAACACGAUAAAAAGUUUAAUGAAACUAAGUUUAAACGAGAGUAGAAUCAAGUUUGUUUUCUAAAUGUUCCUGCUGGUGUUUGUAGUUGUUCUGGGGACAGUAGUGACGGUAAACAGCGAGAAACAUUCCCUCACGUACAUCUACACGGCCCUCUCCAAACCUGUGGGACUCGAGGGCAUCCAUGAGUUCACAGCCAUGGGUCUGCUGGACGGCAAGAUGAUCGACUACUACGACAGUGAGCAUCAGACCAAAGUUCCCAAACAGCCCUGGAUGGGAGAGCGACUUUCUAAAGAGUACUGGGACAAAGGAACACAGUCCCGCCGGAGCAAGCAGCAGUGGUUCAAGGUCAACAUCGACAUCCUGAUGAAACGGAUGAGACAGGAUGACACCGAUGUCCAUGUUAUCCAGUGGAUGGUCGGCUGUGAGGGCGUGGUACAAGCUGAUGGCUCUUUACGAUAUCACCGUGGCAUAAACACGUACGGUUAUGAUGGAAACGACUUCCUGUCCUUCGAUGAUAUCCACUCAGUCUGGGUCGCCCCGACUGAUGCAGCUGUCCCCACCAAGAGGAAGUGGGACGAUGUCCAGGUCCUGACAGAAUACACCAAAGGCUACUUGGAGAACGAGUGCAUGGACUGGCUGGAGAAGUUCAGGAGUUUAGGCAAAAAUCAGAUAAAAAAAGCCCCUCCUCCUGAAGUGUUUGUGUUUGCGAGAAACGCCAAAGUUGAGACCAACGUCAUCUUGAUGUGCCUGGCCACAGGCUUCUACCCGAAAGACAUCGUCCUCAAUAUCAAGAGGAACGGCCAUAUUCUAACCAGAGAGGACGGAGUGGUGACCUCAGACGUUCGUCCAAAUGAAGACGACACCUUCCAGAGAAGAGACUAUGUGGAGAUUAGAAGAUCAGACACGUCUAAUUACAGCUGUGAAGUCAUUCAUGCUGAAUCUGAUAUGUAUGUGGAGAAAUCCUGGGAUCAUCAUCUUCCUCCUCCUCCUUCUGGCCCUGGUGGAGACAACACUGGUGUCAUCGUUGGUGCAGUAGUAGUCCUGCUCCUGGUCCUGGCUGUAGUUGUGGUGCCGGUGGUUUGGUUCAGAAAACACAUCCUUGGAGCAGCCAGACUCGAACCAGGGACAGCUGGUACAGCUCGAGAGGUUUAUCCAAGCUACACCCCAGCUCAACCUGAUGUAAAGAUGUGGAAGGAGAACCAGACAGAUGAAACAAAAGUCAUGUUAUUAUGUGUGGUCAAAGGCUUCUACCCAGACGACAUCACUCUGAAUAUGAAGAGGAACGGACGUAUUCUAACCAGAGAGGACGGAGUGAAGAGUUCAGGAGUUUCUGUGAAUAAAGACGACACCUUCGUGAGAAGAGACCGUGUGGAGGUUUUAAAGUCUGAAGUGUCUCGUUACAGCUGUGAAAUCAUUCAUGAUGCAUCUGGUUUUCGUGAUGAAUAUUUUUGGGACAGUGGCAACACAACUAUCAACGAUGAGGCUGAGAUUCUCCUGGAAGAAAAUGAGGAUUUGUCCUGGUAGAAAUCUGAAGUCUCCAGAAAAACUUCAUGAGAAACAUCAAAUCCAUCAGUAGCAGGAGACUGAGACUAAGAGGAAUGUCAAUGAAACUAAAACUGUUUGUAGAAAACUGAUGAAUCAACAGCUAAAUGUGAUUAUUCAUUUCCUGAGUUAAAAAUAUUUUCUAAUCUCCUUCAAACCUUAAAGUGACGUUUGAUGAACUUUGAAUUGGAAACAUUGAGUCAUCAUGUACAGUAUGUAGGGCUCCAACAAACCAUUAUUUAUGAUUAAUCUGUUAAUUAUUGUUAAUGUAACCCUAACUACUAACUAGCUGAUCAGUCCAUUAGUUAACUACUAAAACACAACAGAACUCAUUCUAAUAAAUGUCAUCCUGUGUCAGUGUAAUGAUGAUAUGAUAAACUGUCUGUUCUAUUCAGACAGAUGUGAUCAUCAACAGCUCUGACUAACGUUAGCAUUAGCUACAGCCCAGUGAGUCUUUGUGUCUGUUUAUAUCAAGUAUAUCAAGUUCAGUCUUUUAUUUUUUUUUAUUGUUUUCACAGAGAAACUAAUGUCUUAAAAAAAAUACCAUGACUGACUUUUUCGUGUUUUAUAUUUGACAGGCUAAAUCAUUUGUAACUGAGUGGCCUCUUUGAAACCAGUAAGUAUUUGAGUAUAUUAAGUCCUUCAGGAUUUUCUACAUUUCAAAACGUCAACGGGUCCUGAAACUAACCACUUUUUCCAUAUUGGAAAGGUCCUUCUUUAUUGGUGAAACCUUCUAUUUCAGAUUUCCCUCCAUUUUAUAUUUUUUAUUGAUAUUGUACAGUAAGUUAAAAAAAAAUGACUUAGGCAAUAAUGCUGUUAGGCCAACGAUGUGAAAGAACGUUGAAAGAAAUGUCUGUGUGAAAGGAAAGAUGUUCGUAUAUGUUUUAAUAUACAUUAAAACUGUAAAA